AAAGUAAACGACACCUCUUUCUUUUGCUUCCGGCUGUCACUUUGCUCGUUUGCUACACGUGAAAUUUUCGCGAAAAAUCUUCACUUUUUACAAAAAAAUAUGGAUAAACCAGUUGUGUGGGCUCGUGUCAUGAAAGUUCUGGGACGUACUGGUUCUCAGGGCCAAUGUACACAAGUGAAAGUUGAAUUCAUCGGUGAACAAAACCGUCAAAUCAUCCGCAACGUCAAAGGACCCGUCCGUGAAGGUGAUAUUUUGACCCUGCUGGAAUCUGAACGUGAAGCUAGAAGACUUCGCUAGUCGAGCAAGGAAUGUGAUGAGAGAUCGUUUGUUCAUUUAUUAGUUGCUAUAUAUGCCAUCUUGUCGGAUGAAAUGCUCUUCAAUGAGAUAUUAAUUACAUACUUGAAGAUGAAUAAACAGGUCUUUUAGUAUAAAACUGUA